CUCUGCUGGUAGAGAGAGGGCUGAACUUCCUGCCUGAGUUACAUGUUAGUGCUCUGUAGAGCAGGUCACAGAAUGCAAGCAGCCAGAGCCAUGACAAAAUUCCGAUUAGCAGUAGUUCAGCUUUUUGUUACUUCGGACAAAUCCCAGAACCUAAAAAGAGCAAGCCAGUUAAUAAAAGAUGCCGCACAACAAGGAGCUCAUGUCGUAGCGCUGCCUGAAUGCUUUAAUUCUCCGUAUGGGACUAAAUAUUUUGCGGAGUAUGCAGAGACGAUUCCGGGGCAAUCUACGCAGAUGCUGUCCCAAGUAGCUAAAGAAUGUGGCGUCUAUGUUGUCGGAGGUUCAAUCCCUGAGGAGGAUGCUGGGAAAUUGUACAAUACAUGCGCUGUGUUUGGUCCAGAUGGAGGCUUGUUGGCAAAACACCGGAAGAUUCACCUGUUUGAUAUCGAUGUUCCUGGGAAAAUCCGUUUCCAAGAAUCAGAAACCUUGAGUUGCGGAGACAGCUUCACAGUGUUUGAGACCCCUUACUGCAAAAUAGGAGUGGGGAUCUGUUAUGACAUGAGAUUUGCUGAACUUGCCCAAAUAUACGCAAGAAAAGGAUGCAAGUUAUUGCUUUAUCCAGGAGCGUUUAAUAUGACAACAGGGCCAGCCCACUGGGAGCUGUUACAGAGGGCGCGAGCUGUGGAUAAUCAGGUCUACGUUGCAACUGUAUCUCCAGCACGAGAUGAAAAGGCUUCGUAUAUUGCAUGGGGACACAGCACCGUGGUUAGUCCAUGGGGAGAGGUUAUAGCAAAGGCGGGUACAGAGGAAUCUAUCACCUCUGCAGAUAUAGAUGUGCAAUAUCUCGAUGAGAUCCGACAACAAAUUCCUAUUACUAAACAACGUCGCCUCGAUCUGUACAAUGUAGAAGAAAAGAAGAAAUCGUAGUGUGUGCAUACAUUGUAAAAUAAAUGUAACUCUAUCUGGGUCUUA